AUGAACACAGAUCAUAAUGAAAAUGUUGCACAGAAAGAAAAUGAUGAUCAUGAAAAAAACAAUGAAAAUGUACAACCGGUUCAAAAAAAAAUAAAUGAAUUUAAAUCACACUAUUUGCAACAUUUUCAAUCAAUUUGUUGUCUAGGAAAAGGAGGUUUUGGGGUUGUAUUUAAGGCUCGAAAUAAAUUAGAUGACGGCAAAUAUGCUAUUAAAAGGAUACCUUUUCCAUCACGACAAGAAUCUAGAGACCGUGUAUUACGUGAAGUUAAAGCAUUAGCAAAGUUAAAACAUAAAAACAUUGUAAAAUAUUUCAAUGCUUGGUUAGAAGAACCUCCUAGAAGUUGGCAAGAAGAAAUGGAUAAUCAGUGGAUGCCAAACUCUGAUUGUAUGGACACAAGCAGCAAUAUAACAACUAGUCCAACAGAUACAACUGACUCUCAUAGUGAACAAAAAGCAACUAAACAAUACUUGUACAUACAAAUGGAGCUUUGUCAGAAAUAUAGUUUAAGUGAAAGACUGAAGAAUGAUACUCUUCAUAGAGAAAUGAUAAAUAUUUUAAAUAUUUUUUGCCAAAUUAUAGAAGGUGUUGAAUAUAUUCAUUCACAAAAUUUCAUACAUAGGGAUUUAAAGCCUUCAAAUAUAUUAUUUAUAUCAGAUGACCAAAUUAAAAUUGGCGAUUUUGGUUCAGUUACAAAAAUGAUAACAUCAGAUAUAUGGAAUGAAUAUGAUGAUAAAAAAUGUUUAAAUAAACAACAUACUAAUCAAGUUGGCACACAAUUGUAUAUGAGUCCAGAACAGAUACAUGAAAAACCGUACAAUUCUAAAGUAGAUAUAUAUUCUCUUGGAGUUAUAUUUUUUGAAUUGCUCAAUUCAUUUAAUACUGAAAUGGAAAGAGUCAAAACGUUACAGCAAGUUAGAAAUGGUACUUUUCCUCCUCAAUUUUUAAAAUUGUAUGAACUGAAAACUGAAAAAGACAUGGUAUGCUCAAUGUUAUCGCAAGAUCCAAAAAAACGCCCAACUGCAUCUAACAUUAAAAAUAUGAUCUUAGUGUAUUUGGAUCGGUUCAACCUUCUCAUGCCAGACUCAUGUCCUUUCUAA